AUGGGUCAGAGGCCCACCGUUCCAGGAGCAACAAGCGGCAGUGGGCAUGGCUCAGAGGCCCACUGUUCCAGCUGCAACAAGCGACAGCAGCCAUGGGUGAGAGGCCCACCGUUCCAGAGGCAACAAGCGAUAGCAGCCAUAGGUGAGAGGCCCACCGUUACAGAGGCAACAAGCGGCAGCAGCCAUGUGUCAGAGGCAAACUGUUCCAGUGGCAAAAAGUGGCAGCAGCCAAGGGUCAGAUGCCCACCGUUCCAGAGGCAACAAGUGGCAGCAGCCAUGGGUUAUUGGCCCACUGUUGUAACAAACGGCAGCAGCCAUGGGUCAGAGGCCCACCGUUCCAGCGGCUACAAGCGGCAGCAGCCAUGGGUAAGAGGCCAACCGUUCCAGAGUUAA